GCCGACAAUUAGUGCCAACACUAACAUGGGUAAUGGCUCCAAAAUGGAGUUCACACGAGCCCGCUGUUAGGCAAGAGCAGCCAAGAAAACAGUCAGCCUAAAUCAGGGCAGACCUGAAUGGGAACGCAGUGAAGAAAACAAAUGCCUGCUUCAGUCAAUAGGCCCUCCACAACCCGGCAGCCAAUCAGAGGGCAGCGACAGGCAGGAAGGCUCCACACUGAGCGACGACUGUCUACCAGCUCAGCUCGGCUCACUGGAGAAGGAGUAUGGAGGAACUGCUGGACAAUGCAUGAAACUCAAAGGAAGUGCGAGCGCUGAGGUCCGUCUUUGAAAAAAGAAAACAUGGGUCGCUUUCUGAACGUCCUGCGGAGCUGGCUGUUGAUGGUCUCGGUCAUCGCGAUGGGAAACACCGUGCAGAGCUUCCGAGAUCACAGUUUUUUAUCAGAGAAGCUCUACACAGGCACGCCAGAGUUUGUUAAUGGUCUCCAAGCUCGAACAUUUGGGAUUUGGACGUUACUGUCAUCGAUCAUCCGCUGUUCCUGUGCCAUUGAUAUCCAGAACAAAACGCUCUAUCACAUCACCUUAUGGACAUUUGUGCUGGCGUUAGGCCACUUCCUGUCCGAAGCCUUCAUCUACAAAACUGCUCCUCUGACCAUCGGGGUCAUGGCUCCUCUCAUUGUUGCAAGUUUCUCCAUCAUAGGAAUGCUGAUUGGGUAUCAGUGCAUCCCAGAGUCACACGAGCAAGUCGGAGCUCGACAGAAGAAGCGUAACUGAGUCCCGAGUUUUCCAUCGCACCUCAAAGUGACCAGCUCCUAGAGUGCUGCUGCUUGCCUUGAAGAACAUGAGAUCUGUUUGAACAUUCAUUUCUCACUGUAACCCUCUCUAUAGACUACAUACAAUUGGGUUUCGUGUUUUUAAACUGACAUUUUACACUUCAGUGCAAUCAAACGGUCGGACGGAAGGUCAUGUUAGUGAUGAAUCUGUGCUGGUUAAUAACUACUUAAUUCACGAACGAUCUAUACAUGGAGGUUUCAUUUAGUUAGUAUCUUUACUGUCAGGCUAAAUGACAAUCAUCUGUAUGUGUAUACGCUCAUAAAUGAUUCCACUUCCUAGAAUUUUUUUUUAUUCAUUAUCCACCAAAGAACACAGAUGACUCUACAGUCUAAAACUAUGCUCUUUAUUACAAAGUCUCAUAAACACAAAUAUAAAGAGUUAUUCUGUAUGUUUGUUUCGUGCUGUGAAAUGUUUGUUCGCCCAAUUAUUGUCCUAUAAAAUGUUUAAAAGUGAAGCGUUUAGAUGUUUGGUGUUUUCUAGUUUCUAAUUGUCUUUUUACAUGUUCUGGUUCAUGAUAGGAAUUUUAAAUUCAGUAAACAUGAGCACACUUUUAAUUAUGAGGUAUUUAAGACACAAUAUGUACAUUUGU